UCAUCCCCUUGCGGUCGGCAGGACCUGGCUGUUUGCUCGAUGGUUGAUGCACAGCUUUCUGCGACUUUGUGCACGUUAACUGUUAACUACGUCUGUUUCUGGUCUGUGAAAUGGACGCAGUGCACUGUCUGUCGCUCUGAUACAUUUCUGUAUAUGGUCACUGCAUGGUAUCCCACUUAUCAACUCCUGUUCUGUGGCUGGACAGGCUAGGGUGAUGCCCUACUAGGUUUUUUGUUGUUGUUGUUGUUUUGUUUUGCUUUGUUUUUCAUUUUUGUUUGUUUAAAUGAAGUUAUAAACAGUAAUUCUGAAUGAGCCAAAAUUAUCAAGCAGUAUAUGUUGUAGGGGCGGGGGAAGGAGGCACUGGCUAAUGAAAUCUGUGAAUCAGAAGGCCUCCGCGUUCUAGUAACCAGAUCACUGCCAAGGCAUCGAAGAUCAGCACCCAUCGGGGACAAAUAAGCCCGAUGUGACAGGAGAAUGUGAUUUUUGUCCUGCCCCAGAGAAGCAAGUCACUGAGUGUGAAAAACUAUAACCAUGGGAUCCCCAAAAUCUGAGAACAAAAAGAGAGUCCUUCCCUCAUGGAUGACAGCCCCCGAGGAUGAGCGGGGGGAGCUGUCAGCGAAGACACCCAAAAGGAAGAGGAGAGCGGCUGUGCAGGAGGGGGUAGCAACAAGGGCCCCUGCCACGAAGACUGUGUACUGCAUGAAUGAAGCUGAAAUGGUUGAUGUGGCCCUGGGGAUCCUGAUCGAGGUAACGCCAGCCCUGUGUCCUCUGACUCCUGGCCGAAAACAGGAAACGCCAUCUCUGGUGACCACUGAUAAACUGCAGCUCUCCCCUCCCUACUCGGCAUCUCCUCACACCAGUUCCCCGGGGAGCAGCAGCGAGGAAGAGGGCAGCAGGAGCAGCUCGCCUGCUCUAGACCUGAGUCCUUCCCAGGGGCCAGAAUCUGCCGACUUGCCCUGCAGCAGCAGCCCGGAGGAGGAAAAGGAAGAGGAAGAUGUGUUAAAGUAUGUCAGGGAGAUAUUUUUCAGUUGAUGUGAACUGUUCACUGGACUCUCUGCUGAGAGCGGAGGGGUCUGUUGAGAACUCAGGAUACUGCCUACCUUCGUCACCCUUGAAAACCAGGCCUUGCUCCCAGAUUCCAGUCCCAGGAGGCUUUCAUUUGGGGGGACUUUUCUGAAUGGGGGGACAUAUUGCAGGAUGCACAAAUGCAUCCCAUUAGAGUCUUGUCCUGCACUGCCCUCUAACUCAGUGGGUCUGGCAUCCCAGCCCUGGGUUUUAUUCAAGUACCAGCAAAAAUGAGGUCAUGAGCUCACUUGCUGGAAGCAAAUAAAGUUAUAGCUGCUGAGAACACGGGCAUUCCAGAUAGGCAGCCAGAGCUCACCCUAAGGAGGAGAGGCCUGUGCACAGUCUCCCUCAUGACACAGUCUAGCAACCGACUCCCCCCUUCAGCCUAAAAGCCUGGCGGCUGUACACCGUUCCCCGCCAGACUAACAGCAGGGCGUUCUCCCAGACUGGUGAGCCAAGCAGGCCCUCUGUACCACCUGUCGCCUCUCUGCCACCCAGGGCCUCCACCGUGGGAGGUGGGGACAGGAGACACCGAGGACAAAACAUCACACCGGAGUCCAUGUUUCUU